GUAUUCGAUCGAUCUUUCUUCCCUCCGCAGAGUGCUUGGAGAGGCUCUCUUCGCCUUGGUCGUAUCGCGGGUUGUUCUUUCCGAAGCGGCAGAACUACCGGUCACGUGUCUGAUGCCGAUGGGCAUCCUGGGAAGAGGAACCUUCGGCGUUGUGAAACGCGUCAAG